GUUUCGCAAUUUUUUUCAGUUUCCGGAAUCACACAAAUCCUGACUUAGGAAUCCUACCUGUGAACUUUUUUCCAGAAACCAUUUUUUUGCAAGAAACUAUACAUACCAAGGUGGAAGGCCCCAGAGUAGUAGGUGGUGCUUCUCGUCGUGCUGGGCCUAAUAGAGGAAGGCAACAGCAACAGACUCUACAGCAUAACCACCAACCAUUAAACAAAAGUCACCCAAGAUGGAUUCCUCCAGCAACAUGUAAACGAGAUGCCAUCACACUGCAGGAAAAACAUGAUACUAUCUUCCGACGUGUCCGUGGUAUACUCAAUAAGUUAACACCAGAGAAGUUUGAUAAGUUAAGUUUAGAGCUGCUCAAUGUGGGAAUAGAUUCAAAGCUUAUUCUAAAGGGUGUUAUUAUAUUGGUUUUUGAAAAAGCUUUAGAUGAACCAAAGUAUAGUUCUAUGUACGCACAGCUAUGUAGUAGACUAUGUGAAGACGCACCAAACUUUGAACCACCGGGCAGCUCAGGACCCUCUACAUUCCGGCGCCUUUUAAUUGCUAAAUGUCAGGAUGAGUUUGAAAACAGAUCCAAGGCCUUUGCAGCCUUUGAUAAAAAUGAAGGCCCCCUCACUUCUGCAGAGCAGGAGCAGAAACAGAUUGCCAAACAUAAAAUGCUGGGCAACAUCAAGUUCAUUGGUGAACUUGGAAAACUGGAUAUGCUACACGAAUCGAUCUUACACAGGUGCAUUAAGCAGUUGCUUGAUAAGAAAAAGAAACAGAAUGUCAAGGACGUGGCGGAAGAUUUGGAAUGUUUGUGCCAGAUAAUAAAGACUGUCGGGCCAAGAUUGGACACCGAAAAAGCUAAGGCCCUUGUGGACCAGUAUUUUGGGCGUAUGCGCCUGUUAGCGAAUAAUGAAGACCUCCCUGCUCGUAUUAGAUUUAUGUUGGAAGACACACUGGAACUAAGAGAAUGCAAUUGGGUACCCCGUAAAGUACUACAAGAUAAUAGUCCUAAAACUAUGGAUCAAGUGCGACAAGAGGCUGUGAAGUGUUCUCCCCAGAUUCACGGGAAUGUUAAUUCGCAUAUAAAUGAUUAUGGAGUUUAUAUGUCGUACAACUCUAAUCAUAAGCAAAGCAAGAAUUUCUUCCCUCUGGACGAUGGUUUGAUGUCAGUAUUACCACAAAAACAUGGUGGACUCAGUGACGUCUUUAUGCCAACAAUUGGUAGUAGCAUCGGUACAGGACCUGGAGUAAUCCAAGAUGGCUUUAAUGGAUAUACACCUCAUGCAGUCAAUGUGGGAAGAACACGAAGUGGUGGUGAUGUUGGAAACAGAAGUGGAAGCAACUCUCCAAACCAAGGAUACCAAAAUUAUGCAAAUCCUAAAGGGCAGACAUCCAGACAGCAACAAGAUGGUAAUGGUAACCAGGGUAAUUUAGGAUAUCAGAAUCGGCAAGCUAACCAGCAAAGGGAUAUGGCCCCUAGGUUUAUGAAGAAAAGUCAGUUUAAUAACUUGAAGACUGACGAGAUAAGUUUACGUCCUGCUAGAGAUUCCAUGGUGUUGAAACCCCAGGCUUCCAGUAUGAUGCCGUCGUCACUGAGACCAUCUGGCAGUCUGCAACAGCAACACACAUUACUGCAACCAACACCGCAGCAGAUGAUAAUACCACCACAGAAUAUACAGACUUCACCAAAGGUCCCAGUAAAACAUUCACACGGGGGUGACAAGCCAAAACACAAAAAACAGACACUGAACAAAGAAGAUCUCAAGAAGCUUACGGAAAGCAUCUUAGAAGAAUACUUGAAGAAUGUUGAUGUGACUGAGGUCAUUAGCCGUAUCAAAGAGAUGCGAGUGCCCAGGAAACAAAUGUCAUCCAUGGUAUGCCAAUUAAUGGUGAAAUCAUUGGAAAAGGAUGACGAUGAUGGGGCAGCUAGGGAACUUGUCAGUAAAUUGAUAAAAGAACUUAAAAGUAAUGGUCUGGUUACAGAAGAUCAGUGUAUGGAGGGUUUCACAUCUCUGCUGGAGCAGUUACCCGAACUAGAAACAGAGAUGCCAUUAGUGAAAUCAUCCACUGCUGGCUUUGCAGCUCGUGCUAUCAAUAACAAAGUGAUCACACUCAGUGAUUUGGCAGUACCAAUGCAGAAUGGCAACUGCUACCCAUUGUUUUUGCUGACUCUACAGCAAUUGCACAAAUUGAAAGACAAAGAGUGGUUGGUUCAGUUAUUCAACGAGAGUAAAAUAAAUAUGCAGUCUAUGCUGCCAGAAAGAGACAAGAAAAAUGGGCAAUCAUUUGUUUAUCUUUCUUUGCAGCAACUCAGUUUCUUGUUUCCAUUGUUGAGAAUGCAGUCUGACAUCUCCAAACAGUUGAAGGCUGAUCCAAAUCCAUCUACACUAUAUAAAUGGAUCAAAGACAAUGUAGAUAAUAAACUGCAUGCUGAUUCAGAGUUCAUCUAUGCCCUAACCCUCAGCCUGGUGAAGUACUGCACCAGCGAGAGUACUUUGUCAGAGUGCAUGGAUGCCUCGCUCAUACCAGAUAAGCAACUGCAAGAGAAAGAGAGAGCGCUAUUAAACAACUUAAAACCUGUGUUACAAGCGUUUAUACAUGACCAUGUUCAAAUUCAGUUGAGUGCGUUAUAUGCACUGCAAGUUCACUGUUACAAUAAUGGUUUCCCAAAAGGAAUGUUGUUGCGAUUCUUUGUCUACUUCUAUGAUAUGGAGGUGGUAGAGGAAGAGGUAUUUCUCAAAUGGAAAGAAGAUAUCAAUGACAACUACAUGGGCAAAGGCAAAGCACUAUUUCAAGUGAACUCUUGGUUAACAUGGCUGGAAACCGCCGAUGAGGAAGAAGAAUCCGAAGAUGAUGAUGAUGACCAGUAGUAACCAUUAUUAGUAACUGUUUUUUUAGCAGCUAAGUGGUACAGUUGGUCCAUCAUUCUAAUUUUAAGAAAGAAUAAAAAAAAAUACUUACUGUCUUUUUAAUAUUUCUCAAGUCAAUUCUAGUCUAUAUUUAUGAGCCAGGAGCUGGUACACCAAUAAAACAGGGUUUCUUACAUCAGCUCUAAUGGUAAUUGCAUUGCCAGUUGUCGGCAUUGAUGGAAAAACUCGUACACACUAAAUGUGAAUGCAAUGCACCCUCGCGUUCUACACGCGACUAUUUUCAUCCAAUGCAAAUAAUUUUAAUAAUUCUUUUUCCUUAAUGCUUUAUAUAAGCUUUGUACACAUUAUUUACUAGUGUGUCCAUACCAAUAGAUAACAGACAAUUGACAGAUGUCCUCUGGCACUUUUAACUUUUUUUACAAAUACCUUCCCCCCUUACCCAUUGACUGAUGGAGGGUGGUCAGCCAGUGAAAUACAGUUCAGAGUACAAAUUUAGUAAAUUAUGCAUUGUGAUUUUUUUUUUUUUUUGCGGAGCAGCAGCUUCUAUCAUGCCUUCAUAUAUAUGCAGAAUUUUUUUGUUGUUGCAUGUCCAAUUAUGUAGCUUUUCUAAAUUUUCUGUGGUUAUCCAGAGCCAAGGCUAAUUAUUUACUUUUUGUAUUGUAUAGUAUGGUAUGUAGGUGGUGAAUAAAUUAAAAUAAAACUUUCUAUCACUGGGAGCCGAGUAAUCCUGUGAAAACUGAUGUGUCAUGGUAAACCAUCUUAGUGUUCACACUGAUAGAUUCUAUGGGUAUACAACAGUCAACACAGGGUUACUGGACUCUCCUAAGAAAUGGCUAUUUGCAAUAGGUGUGUGGGAUAAAAAAAAUUAAAUAAAACUUCAUGUGUUUUUCUUGUCUUUAUUUAUAUGAAAUAAUUUGUAUUGUUUUUAUUACUGGUCUGUGUUUAUGUAACAUUCAUUCUACCAAUCUUUUUCCCACACUGUUCUGCAUAAUUGUGAUUAACAGUUUUGUUCCACUGGUGGCUAGCUGUGGUUGUACAUGCUAUUUACUCCGGUGAUGGUGACUACUGAAUUUGAAUUUGGCUGAAACAUAGCAAUGUUUAUUGUGGGAAAAGUGCAAUGGAUUUUGUCAGAAUGAUUAAAUUUUUCUGGUGUUACAAAGAGCAGUGACCAUUCAAUAUUCAUAAAAUGCCUUUACACUAUAUUCAAGCAUCCAUGUGCAACAACCAUUGCCUCAUGAGUGGGGGGGGGAACCACAUAGCUAUAACUGACACCGAUCGUUUGGAACUUUUCUGCUAAUCUAUAAUUUUAUCAAGACUGUGUGACUGCUAUUUUAUAAAAAGCAUCAAAGUUUUAUGUUGAAGCUGAAUUUGUAAAGGGACUGACAGAUUUACUUGUGAAUACACAUUUUUUUUGUGAAUGAAUGGAAUUGUAUAUAUCAGAAUGAUUUUCAAUUUGUAUACUAAGUGGUUGUCAGUAUUAAUUUGAGGAUCGACUCCAGAGACAUAGUUGUCAUCUUUAUUGAGCUUUGCAGAUAAGCUUUCACAGCAGUCUUUUUUUACAGUGUAAUUAAGUGGAUUUAUUAUAUAAUCGUGAUAAAUUAAUUGUAACAUUUUUUUUUUGUGGUCUUUUCCCAGUUUUAUACAGUCUACAGCAGUAAGACGUUGGGGUCUUGUGUAUACAGAAAAGGCGAACAAUUUGCAGUUAUUUUCACCAGUUACUUGAUAAAAAUAAUCUGAAUUUUUUCUACAUGCCAAUUUCUCAGAUAAUAUUAAGUAAACAGUAACUAUUUCGAAAUUUAGCAGUCGCACAGUUUUGGAAUGCAACAGUUUUUUAACAUCUGUGAAACUACUUCAGGUUUGGCAAGUCAAUCGAAAGCUGAAUCGCUCUCAGACCUCAUUUUAUUUGUGUACUAAAAUCAUGUUCAACAUACGGUAAGUUUGUAUUUGAUGCUGUAGUAUUUGUAGUAAUAAGCAUUGUAUCCAUUUAUUUUGUACUUUGUCCCCAAAUGUAGAAGAAAUAAAAUAUAGCCCUCUAUGUGUGA